AUGGCGAACCGCCUUCUAGAUUGGUUUUCCGUGCUCAUGGAAGAAGCCGGGGGUGUAGCGCCGCCGCUACAAGGAUUUCCUCGGGACUGCAAGCCUGAAGUGCGGUGGAUGUUUUCGCACCUGGACGUGGCUGGUGACGGGCUGUUAUCGCAUGACGACCUCUAUGCACUACGUCACGACGAGCGCGAGCGGUGCUUGCGGCCGUUCCUGGCGUCGUGCGGGCGGGCGCGGGGCGGGCGGGGCGAGGGCGGGCGGGUGCUGGGCGGGCGGCGCGCGGGCGGCGGGCUGUCGCGCGGCGCGUGGUGCGGCUGCCUGCGGCGCGCCGCGCGCCCCUGCGCCGCGCUCGCACGCGCGCACCCCAACCCCAGCGCCGGCGCGUACGUGCCGGCCUGCGACGCGCGCGGCUUCUACCUGCCGCGGCAGUGCCACGCGGCGCUCGGCGUGUGCUGGUGCGUGGACGCGCACGGCGUGGAGCGGCCCGCCUCGCGCACCAAGGGACAGCCCGCCUGCCCCACCGCCGGUACGUACAGCCAGCAGUGCAGCCGGUACGUGCAGCCGGUACGUACAGCCAGUAGUACUUCUACCUGCCGCGGCAGUGCCACGCGGCGCUCGGCGUGUGCUGGUGCGUGGACGCGCACGGCGUGGAGCGGCCCGCCUCGCGCACCAAGGGACAGCCCGCCUGCCCCACCGCCGGUACGUACAGCCAGCAGUGCAGCCGGUACGUGCAGCCGGUACGUACAGCCAGUAGUACUUCUACCUGCCGCGGCAGUGCCACGCGGCGCUCGGCGUGUGCUGGUGCGUGGACGCGCACGGCGUGGAGCGGCCCGCCUCGCGCACCAAGGGACAGCCCGCCUGCCCCACCGCCGGUACGUACAGCCAGCAGUGCAGCCGGUACGUGCAGCCGGUACGUACAGCCAGUAG